AUGGAGGUAAAUUGUUUAACACUAAAAGACCUGAUCAACCCUAGGCAGCCCAGACUAGAUUUUGUGACUGAAGAUGGGGAGAAUGCACAAAAGGAAAAUAUAUUUGUUGACCGAUCAAGGAUGGCUCCAAAGACUCCAAUAAAAAAUGAACCAAUUGAUUUAUCCAAACAAAAAAUCUUCACUCCAGAAAGAAAUCCAAUUACUCCAGUUAAGCUUGUCGACCAACAACAGGUAGAACCAUGGACACCCACAGCUAACCUGAAAAUGCUCAUUAGUGCAGCCAGCCCUGACAUAAGGGACCGGGAGAAGAAAAAGGGACUGUUCAGACCCAUCGAAAACAAGGAUGUUGCAUUUGCAGACUCUCUACAGCUUGAUGUUGUUGGGGACAGUGCUGUGGAUGAAUUUGAAAAGCAAAGGCCAAGCAGAAAACAGAAAAGUUUAGGACUCCUGUGCCAGAAGUUUCUAGCUCGCUACCCAAGUUAUCCCUUGUCAACUGAGAAAACUACUAUCUCCUUAGAUGAAGUUGCUGUCAAUCUUGGUGUUGAAAGGAGACGCAUCUAUGACAUUGUAAAUGUGCUAGAGUCUCUGCAACUGGUCAGCCGGGUGGCCAAGAAUCAGUACGGCUGGCACGGUCGGCACAGCCUGCCAAAAACCCUGAGGAACCUUCAGAGACUAGGAGAAGAGCAGAAAUAUGAGGAACAGAUGGCAUACCUUCAGCAGAAAGAGCUAGACCUGAUAGAUUAUAAAUUUGGAGAAUGGAAAAAAGAUGGCUAUCCAGAUUCCCAAGACCAACAGCUAUUGGAUUUCUCUGAACCUGAUUAUUCCUCUUCAUCUGCAAAUAGUAGAAAAGACAAAUCUUUGAGAAUUAUGAGCCAGAAGUUUGUUAUGCUGUUCCUCGUAUCCAAAACCAAGAUUGUUACUCUUGAUGUAGCUGCCAAAAUACUGGUAGAAGAAAGCCAAGAUACUCCAGAUCAUAGUAAAUUUAAAAUUCUUUAUGCUGCCAUAAUGAGUAUAGAUUCUCUUUUUACUCAUUCCUUGACUCUUGCCUUUAGCUUCAGUAGGAUAAACACUUUUGGAUUUGGUACUAUUGCAGUGAAAGGGAUCAUUCCAUUUUCUUGA